AUGGCUACUCCUCCUAGAGAUACUAGACGGGUUAAUGGAUCCAGUUCCAACAGCGGACAUAACGGGUCGUUGAAUGGACAAAUCAAUGGGUCAGUUAAUGGAUCAGUUAAUGGAACUAUUAACGGAUCUGUCAAUGUGAAUGGCACCAGCAAUAGCUCGAGCCCAGCCGCCGCUUCUCCCUACAGUAAUGGACUUUCCAGUAACAAAUCGUUUCUCAAUUUAACCACAUCAGCUUUAGCCGGAGUAUUCGGGUCACAAGUCUCGUUAGCAGAGUUGAAUGGAGAUGUGUCCAACGCGCCAUCUCGUGUUCAGACACCUGUUGGACGAGACCGUGCCACCAGGGGUAUUGACGAGUUCUCCGACAAAACCGCUUUUUACAACGGAAUCAACGGUCGCGUCAAUGGCCGUGAUAAACUUCAAAGUGGAAUUAACAAAUUAAAUAGACGCAAGGGCAAUUCUCCUGGCGGCAGAGUCUCACCAUCCAUCCCGUCAUUAUCAGCAGCAGACGACGAGGACGAGACGGAUGAAGAUGUAUCGGGAUCUUCAAGAGGCAAUUCCUCUUCUGUAACAUACUCACUACCAGGAGUUCCAUUAUCAGCACCUACCCUGGCUGUCCGAUUAGCUCUUUUAUUCGGAUUCGGCGUGGCCUAUGGCCAAUUGUCGAAACAAUUACACGAUAAUCAUUUUGUCACUGAACAUACCCUUGACAUUGACCACACGGGUUUCUUCUCGUUGAUCUGGGGGUUCCAAGGUAUUCUUCUUGGGUUUUUGUUACCACUUUUUGACUGGUUGUUCCCCGAACAACGCAAACGACUUCACGGAAAAGGCGGAGCCGACUGGUCGUCCAUUGUACGAGCAGUUGCUGCGUUUAUGGGCGUGGCUUAUGGCAUUCGUAAAAUUGCCUGGACCUCAACAAUGCAAGCAGCUUUCUACUGGGGAAUGGUCAACCCGUGUCUGUGGUUCAUUCUCGAUGCCACCCGUAACGGGUUCAUUCUGUCGACCCUCGUCGCCACGGUCGGCACCUUUGUCUUCGCACUCAUCUUCCCUGACCACCUGCCCGAACGAUACACACUCGCGGGAUCGGUCUCUGAGAACUAUUUAUCGGUAGUAGCGCUCGUGGCGAGCGUCUUCUUCUGCUGUAGCAUAUGCUUCGGCAACCUGGGCCGCCGUCUUCUCUCCGUAGAAACCUCUCGCGCCAGACGAUAG